AUGGACAUCGGAGGCUUACAUCGCCGCCGUCAGACGUAUGCCGUGGACGCGGCGCAUGUCGUCUCGCAGCUCCGACACACACGCGCAGGGCUCGUCGCAUCGCACUCGUGCUCUGUGCACACAUCCAGAUUCGAAGCAUCUCGGCGGGCGCACAUCGUGAACGCAUACCCCGCCGUGCCCCAGUAUCCUCUACGCGCGAACGAGGCGGAAUACUACGUGUGGUUCGCGUCGAUCGGGCCCGCCGCGGAACCAGCCCUCGACGCGCCAACGCGCCCGGAUACUUGCUGUGAGUCCUCGCCCGAACGCAGCCUCGUUCUCACCGUACGCAGUCCCCGUAGACACGAGCUGCAGAAAGGAGUUCGCACGCAGCGCAUCACGCGCAAGACGGUACGCACCCUCGACUUCCUCGCCGCAAACAUCAUCGCCUGA